UGCUGCUGAAUUUGCUGAGGAGGCCUGAUCAUGCAACUCGAUCAGAGAUGGAUCAAUGGCCACCGCAAGCCAUUCGCUGCUGUCUCAACGGUAUCGUGCCUGCCCAGCAGUUUCAUGGCUGGACCACUGACAGCAUCGAGGAGUUCAGAUUAGUGACAGGCACGUCAGCUGUUCGAAUGCAGGUGCUAGGAGAAGAGAAGAAGACACUGUUGGUGGACCUGAAGAAAUCACCUACGGACCACACCAACUGCCGCAUGCCUGUCUCGCUCAGAGAACACAUGGUCUAUUUGGAGUUUGCCAGGUUCUUUUGUCCUGCGCCUGCUACUGCUAGCAGCUGUAAGCCUUUGCAGUACUACCCUCCCAUCUCACCCAAACCCAAGACGGAGGUCUACGCCUUUGUUUCACACAUCAACACACCUGCUGACUUCUUCAUUCAGUUGACGGUAAACAUGGAGUUCCCCCUGCUGACUGCUAAGCUGCAGGCCUUGUACAAGGACCAUGCUGGGGACGUCUCUCUGCAGCUGGCUCGCCCCAGGCUGGAGCAGGCAUGCAUGGCCCCAUAUGAGAAGGAUGGGUGGUACAGAGCACGCAUCAUAGGUUUCCAUGGAACCCAGACUGCCGAGGUGCAGUUUGUGGACUAUGGCAGCACACAGCUGGUACCAGUAAGCGAUCUCAGAGUCAUCAAAGAUGAGUUUCUGUCUCUGCCUGCUAUGGCCGUGUGGUGCUGUCUAGCUGAUAUAGAAAGUGAUGGAGACGACUGGACAGAUGCAACCAUCACACGCUUCCAGGACUUGGCUGACCAGAAACUGGUAACGGUCGUGAUGAAGGAGUUCACAUCCAUCUGUGGGCCUCUACCAGUCUGCCUGUUUGAUGGGGACAACAAGAGCGAAUCUAAGAGUAUUGCACGCAUUCUGAUCACUGAGGGAUUGGCCAAAAGUCCAGAAAACCUGCCCUCCGUACCCCUGGAAGUGGUAUCAUGGGACCCCCCUCUCCCGACUGUUGAAGAGUUCAGCCCUCCUGCCUCGGGAGACGGCGAUGGAGAUGACAUCCAGCUGACUCCCUCCAUUAACGUCCCUGUGAAUCAGAAGAACAUUAAAGUCAGGGUCUGCCAUGUCACCUCGCCGGCCAGCAUCUUCGUCCAGAUCCUGCAAUAUGAUGGUCAGCUGAAGAGGAUUCGUGAGCAGCUUCAGCGAGAGUUUGCCGCCACAUCCCCGUUGUCUGUGGAUUGGGAGGUGGGAAUGUUUUGUGCCGCCCUCAUCCAAGGAUCUUGGGAGCGAGGGGAAAUAGCCAGCAUACUCUCCAGGAACGUGGUCGAGGUUCUGUGUUGUGAUUAUGGGACCAGGAUUGCAGUGGUCUUAGACAACCUAAGGCCCCUUCCCCCUCAGAUGAUUGGCUCCCUGAUACUUGAAUGCUGUCUCAGUGGAAUAAGGCCAGCUGGAGGGCCUAAAUGGACAGCAACAGCUUGUGAGCACGUUUCCAUGUACCUCAACGGAGCCACAGCUCUGAUGACCAUCAAGGAGCCGCCUCCUGCCAGUCCAGUGGGAGUCUCUCUGCUGUGCUCUCAUCGCGGAGGUCAGAAUAUCAGCAUGGCCGACUCUCUCAUCAGUGAAGGUUUGGCACUACCAGACCACAAGUUCAGGUGUCCAUUCCAAAGAGAGGGGGGGUUUCAGGAGCUUGUCGAAUCAAAGGCAGCCAAAGCUCCCCCAGCACAGGAGGACGAUCAUAAGGGGUCCCGGGACCUCUCACAAGAGGAGGAAGAAGAAGAGGAGGAGGAGGAGGAGGAGGAAGAAAAGGUGGAGCAGGAGGACACAGACCCUGGUGAUCACACCGCAGAGGUUGUACCGACCACCGAAGACUACCCUCCCCCACAGCCACCAGAGCAGCUUGGCAUGACCUGCCUCACCAUCACGGCCGUUGGAGAUGAUGGAGUCAUUUACAGCAUGAGCUCGAAAGCAGAGACGGAGUUGGAGCGUCUAAAAAAUCAUCUACAGCAGAACAUCAAGGUCACUCCGGUAGUCCAGAACCACCACGGCUUGGAAAACAUCAAGGGCUGUAUCGUCAAGGGCAUGGACAUGCUGUGGCACCGCGGACGCGUGGUGGAGCUCAGCGGAGGCCAAGUGAAGGUGCAGUAUGUGGAUAUGGGCCUAACCGAGAGCAUUCCAAUGUGUCAUGUGUAUCCCAUGGUGUUGUGUGAAGACGUGGCACAGCUAUGUGUGCCCCUCCGGCUCAGCAGAGGAAAACCGGUGGGGAAGGAUUGGCACCUCGAUGCUGUUGCCCUGAUGAAGGAAGCAAUGGUUGGCAGACGUGUCAAUGUUGAGAUCAUGGACUUGCCUGCUGAGCCUUACAAAUGUGCUGGGGUGGAGAUCUUUUUGGAUGGCAUGCCCAUCAGCAGAAUCAUGGCACUAUAUCAUCCCACUUGCAUGAACAAAUUAACCAUGGACGUUGAGGAGCCAGACCUAAGUCUACUGGUUGAUCUAGAUGACUGGGACCUGAACACCAAGGGCCUAUGUCUUAAGCCUCCAAUGACAGAGAGAUUUGCUGAUCCUCCUCUUCCCAAAACAGGGACAUGUGCCCCUGUGAAAAUCAAACACCUGCGUACACCCAACAAGGUGUACCUCAGUUUUAAACUGGAGAAGGAGGAGGAUGUCUCCCUGGAAAAGCUAAUGAAAUGUGUCAAUGCGAACAAGGAGUCCCUUUCCCCCCUCAGUGACUUUCCCAUCGGAGGACCAUGUCUAGCUGAAUACACUGAUGGCAGUUUCUACCGGGCUGAACUAAUAGGAUUUGUAACGGUCAGUCCAGAAAUCAAGAUGCUCAUUAGACAUGUGGACUUCGGCUCUGAUGACACUGUACCCGUCCACAAAUUGCGAUGUCUUCCUGAUUUCCUGUUGGCCAUUCCUCGCCAGGCAGUAUGUAUGCGCUUAGGAGGGUUCCGGCCGCCGCGCGUGUGCUCAGAGACCAAACGGCUUCCGUACGCCCCUGAGUGGAGCCUCAUGGCCCUGCUGGAGAUGAUGAAGCUGGUGCAGAAAACUGGAGUCUACCAAGCCCUCAUCUCCGAUGCAGAUGGUGAGACGGUUGCCUACCUCUACAGUCCUGAUGGUGAUCUUGUGCACCACUCCCUGGUGAAGGCAGGACUUGCAGACUACGAGGCGCUUUCACGUUCAGUUCAUAAUAAUAAUCAUGUGUAGUUUAGUUAAAUGAGGUUUUUUGUUUUGUUUUACCCAGUCUUGAUAGUGAUCUUGUGCACCACUCCCUGGUGAAGGCAGGACUGGCAGAUUUGCUUUCAGAGAUGCUUUCAUGUUCAGUUCAUAAUAAUCAUGUGUGGUUUAGUUUUUUUUACCUUAAAUGUUCGCCUCAUUUUUUUUUCGUUACUUUAGUCAGUAACCUUGUACAAUACUGUAACAAUAGUGCAAUAGUUUAAGUUAAAUAGUGCAAUAGUUAGUGGUUUUUGCAAUAAAUGCUAUUUUAAACA